UGUCUGAUGUUAUCAAGCUGCCCAGUGGUCAUAAGAUGCCUGGACAUUGUGAUCUCUGUGUGCCACUCUGCCCAAUGUGAGGAAGACAUUUCUACGACAGGACCGGGGAAGGGAUUGAGUGUUGGACGCUGCACAGGGGUUGGCAGAGAAAUUCUUAGUGUCUUUAUAUUACACUGUUACUCAGAGAUCUUUCCCAUGUAGAUCCUACAGUGAGAACUGCAGUUAGUGACCGUGAGACUGAGAGACUCUGAAGCAGACCUGCCCCAGCCCAGCUCUUGUAAAUACUUAGUUCAGACCCCUGGACGUUGGAAGGAAGAAAGCAAGGUGUGUGUGAGAGAAGGAGAACAGGAAAGACCAGCAUCCCACAGUGGAGGGUUCACGAUGAGUGAGCUGGGUCCAAUGUACUUGUAUGUGACUAUACCCAGCAAGGAGCCUGAGGAUGAAAAUUAUGGAUGCGCAACAGAUUAUUUAACUGCAGUGAUCAUUGACAGCAUCACUCUGCUCCUCUGCCUGUUCGGGCUGGUGGGGAAUGGGAUUGUUCUCUGGUUCCUUGGUUUCCAUAUUAAGAGGAACAUCUUCACUGUCUACAUCCUCAACCUGGCUGCUGCUGACUUUGGCUUCCUCCUCUGCCUGCCUGGUUUCCUUAUAACCUUUAAUGCCAGACAUUUAUUUUGUUUUCCUUUAGUGGGACUUAACUUAAUAAACUCAUUUCAUCUGUUGUCUUUGCUUGCAUAUAGCACCAGCCUUUAUCUCCUGACAGCCAUCAGCACUGAGCGGUGUGUGUCUGUCCUCUUUCCCAUCUGGCACCGAUGCCGCCGCCCAAAGAACUUGUCUGCCAUUGUCUGUGCCCUGCUCUGGGUUCUCUCCAGCCUGCUGUCAGGAAUAGUGUAUUCUUUAUGUUUUGUUGAUGGAACUGAAAAUUGUUGGCUUACGUUCUUACCCAUGUAUGGCCUGAAUUUCCUCAUUUUUUCUCCCAUCAUGAUUGUGUCCAGUCUGAUCUUGUUCAUCAAGCUCCGACAUAGCUCACAGCGACGUCAGCAAGAAAAGCUCUACACUGUUAUCUUGCUCACUGUCCUCUUCUUCCUCAUCUUUGCUGUUCCCCUCAGUGUACAAUACUUCCUUGACCUUAUUCAUUAUAGUCACGCUAAUGAGCUAUCUUACCUGCUGGCUUCUAUAAACAGCAGCAUCAACCCAGUUAUUUACUUCCUAGUUGGGAGCUACAGGCAGCACCGAUUCAGAGGCUACCUCCAGAUCGCGCUCCGGAGCAUAUUUGAAGAAAAGACAGAUUCCAGAGAGGGUGGAGAAACCUCCAGACAAGACACAGUGAAGAUGUCAAUUUAAUCUCAGCAGCACUGAGUCUGGGAUACUGUUUUCGGGAUGGAGAUUUCCCUAGUUCACAUCAUCAAAGAAAUAAAGAUGGACAGGACCCAGUAGGUCAUUUGCUAAAUUCUUCCCCUCCCCGACCCAGAGCAGGAUCCUUCCUACAGUUGAUCCCCAGGUUUCUGUGCAGUUGUAAAGAACACCAGAGGGUCACAUGGAACUCAAUCCUUCUCCCUUUGGAAUCAGUGGGGGAAGUCCUGUUGGCUUGGAUGGAAGCAGGAACAGAUCCAUAAUGGGCUCAUUAACUUUGUUUUUGAAAUACCAGUGAACAGUAAUUUCACUUGUGGUGGCAAGUCUCCCAUUGUUGCCUGAAGACUGAUGCAGAAGGUGCUUCUAUGCAGCUCUGGACUCUUGCUUCUGCAGGUUGAUAUUUGAAACCUUCACCACUAUUGCAGUGGAAACAAUUAAGAAUUACUAUGAACUAACCGAUGAGUUUAAAUCAUCUAUUAAUAAGGCCUGGCAUUUGUGGCAUAAGCUUCUUUAGUGAUGUUUAUUUGCAAAUGUUAUGUCUAAUUUCAAGGAUGUAAUGUGGUAACUUACUGGUAUCAUUACUAUGUAAACACAAAAUGUGUUGUGUAGUAAUAUGAAAACAAAUGACUACGCUGUAGCUCGAUAUUAAUAUAAGAAACCUUCUGAGCAAGAAAUAUUAACGUAUAUUGGGGGAAUUAUCUAGCAAUGCUUAAGCAACAUUCUUACCAAACACAGAAACAGAAGAAGAACCUCUACAAGGAUGGUCAGAAGGACAAUGGCUUCUUUGAUGCCUGUUUAAGUUUAAUAACUCUCUAAGAAUCACUAGAGUACAAAUACAUUUUUAAAAGCUAGCAGGCUUUUAUACUGGAAAUAGAGAUGUUCAGUCUCAGUAGAAACAGAAUUUCAACUGCUAUUCAGUGCUAAUGGAAUUAAAAGAACAUCUAAGAAAAUGACUUGAAUAACAGUUAAAACUCCAUGGCAGGGGCAGGAGUCAUGGGGAAGAAGUGGAGCAGGGGCUGGAGCAGCAUGCAGCUGCAUAGGGCACCAGGAAAUUUGGUGUCCCAAAUUUCCUGGUGCCCUAUGCAACCGUGUACUUUGCAUAUGGGUAAGGACAGCCCUGUGUUCAGCUCUCCAGACUUAUAUCUGGGCUACUCUCCCAGCCUGUCUACCGAUGAUGUGUCCACCUGCUCUCAGGGCCAAUCCCCUAAUUCCAGUUUCAGGCAGCAUUUUGCUGUCCCCCUCUGCCCAGCAGUGCCACAUGCUGUGUGCCUUCUCUCUGUAGCCCAAUCCCUGUACCGCUGAUGAGUUUUCAGCCAAUUUUCUUUCUCCUUUUGGGUUUGGCUAAGCUUCUGCUCCAAAAUGCCAUUCCCCUCUCUCAAGAAGAGGUGGGAAGGGAGCCAGAGGUGGGAUUUUCAACCAAUCUUGUAGUCAACCAGGGCUCUGUGGCUAACUGCCCUCUUUUCCCACCCCCUAAUCAAUCAGGCUCAUGGGGACUAUCGCACAAUGACCAUAUGCAGGUGGAAUGGAGGCUAUACACUUGCUUCCUUGUUUUAUAGCUAUUGGGUGAUCUCUGUCCAUUGCAUUUCCCUCACUCACUGCUCCUUGAUUGGUGUCCUUCUGGGAUUAUUUAAAUUAUCUAAUGAUUAAGGCUGCAAGUCUGUCAUGGAGGUCACGGAAGUUACAGAUUCUGUGACUUUCCGUGACCUCCAGGACUUCUUCAG